GUUGUUUAGUGUGCCAUUGACGUUGAAUGCUAACGGUUCGCGUUGCCGUCGCAUUUCCGUCGCCAUUCAAACGCGUCGGAAUAAAUAUUAAAUAAAAUAAAAUAAAAUAAAAUAAAGCAGUGUCCAAACAUAGCAUAACAAAUUGGGCUUAAAUCAAAGUGUCGACCGGCUGACGACUAGCAAUGUCCUUUCUGUCACCAUUGCUGCGUCUAGAGAAUCUGUCCACCGAGCCUAUCAUGAGUCUGGAUCAUGUGCCCGAGGCUCAGCGCUACAACAAAGAGAAUAUUGUCGCCCAAUGGUGUGCCCCCAUCAAUGGCAAGAUGUAUCGCAUUGAAUUGGAACAUGGCACCACAAGUGGACGACGUAUGAUUUGGGUCAAUGGUCGGGAGGUGCUGCGCCGUGACUGGAUGUUCAAACUGGUGGGUGAGGAUACUUUCUGCAUCGAACAGGCGCGCUGCAUUAUUCGGGUGGAUCCAGCGCCAGGUUUCAAAUACGAGUACUCGCUUUAUAUAGAUGGCAAGCCACAUGCACAGUAUACCGAGGAGUUGACGCGCCAGUAUCGUCUAUGGCUUUACACGUCCGGAACGGAUCAGGCGGAGAAAACGGAGAUGUCUCUGGAAUAUCGUAUAAUGCUCAAGCUGGACACGCUCAGUCUGUAUGUAAACGAUGAACUGCGUGAGGAAACAGCCGUAUUCGUACACGGCGGCACGGACACGAGCUUUGUGCUGCAGGACACACAUUUUGUACUGCAAGCGAGGUCCAGUGGCAACAAACUGGACGGCAUUGUUCAUACGCUGUUGGCUAAUGGAGAGCUUGUGCCGGAGGCAAAGAUUCAACAAAUUAUGCAGGAACCCGUCUCCAUAUUGCAGACGAACUGAACAACCGGAUAACAAUAGCAUUUGUUACUCCUUCUGUUACCGUAGAUUAUAAUUAAUAAAUUACAUGGAAAAUAAAACAUGAUUGAAUAUUUUAAUAAA